AUGGCUCUCUGCAACUCACGGCACCUCCAUGUGGAACCUCUGGUUUUCAGACUCUGGUUUUCAUUCUCAUCCACCCUUUCAAGCAUGGCUCUCUGCAACUCUCGGCACCUCUAUGUGGAACCUCCAAAUUACCUUUCUGAUCAGUUUCAUAUGCUUGUCCUACUAUUAUUAUUAGUUAUCCCCUCUGCAACACCAAUAUCCUUCAACUUCUCCAGUUUCAACCCAAACAUGCGUGAAAUACAGUACGAGGGUUCCGCAUAUGUCUCCGACCAACUCAUCCAACUGACCCCAAAUCAAUUCGACAAGGGUCUCCCUUAUUUUACCGUUGGGCGAGCUAAAUACUGGCAACCGGUGCACCUCUGGGACAAAUCCACAAGAAAGCUCACCGACUUCACCACUAAUUUCAACUUCACCAUGUUGUCUCAAAAUAGGACCUUUGGUGCAGAUGGCCUUGCCUUCUUUCUUGCUCCCGAAGGUUCUAAGCUCCCACCCAACUCAUCAGGUCGCUCUCUUGGUCUUUUUGACAAAAAAUUCGAAUUCAACUCAACAGAGAACUACUCCAUUGUUGCCGUGGAGUUUGAUACCUUCAAAAAUAAUUUUGAUCCAAGUCACGACCACAUAGGUAUCGAUAUUAACUCUAUCGUGUCUGUGACAAAUGUUUCAUGGCCGGGGCCGGGCAGCAUGAAAGACGGGAGACUAGCUCAGGCUCGGAUCAGCUAUAAUUCUACGUCAACAAAUCUUAGUGUUUCCUUAACGUACCCCAACGAUCCAGCAUCCAGUGGGAUCAAGGCGAGCCUUUCUUAUGUAGUAGACCUGAGAGACUACUUACCAGAACAAGUUACUGUCGGGUUUUCUGCUGCCACGGGAGAGUCCAGCGAAUUGCAUACAAUCUACUCCUGGGAGUUUAGUUCAAGCUUGGAAACAGGCAAGAAGAACAAGGCCGUAGGAUUGGUGGUUGGCUUGGUUGUUGGUGGAGGUGCUCUGAUUGCUGCAGGUAUCUUAAUCAUGGUUAUUUCGUUCGUUUUGUGCAGGAAGAGGAGUGGAGACGAAGAUGAUGACGAUGGGGCCAUUGAUCUGGCCAUUGAUGAAGAAUUUGAAAAGGGAGCCGGGCCAAAGAGGUUCUCCUAUAAAGAAUUGGUUCGUGCAACAAAUAACUUCAAUGAAGAAGGGAAGCUUGGUCAGGGAGGGUUUGGAGCAGUCUAUCGGGGUUUCUUGAAGGAUCUCAACUUGGAUGUUGCAGUCAAGAGGGUCUCCAGAGGAUCUAAACAAGGGAUAAAGGAGUAUAUAUCUGAAGUGAAGAUCAUAGAUUCUGGGUUUGAGAGGCCUCUCCCCGGCAAGGACGUUUGCUCCGAUGGGAGGGCUUGGCUUGCUUUGUGGCCGGAUGCCGAGGGGGAAGUGGCUAUUGGGCCUGAGGCAUUGAAGGGAACUGUUGUUGGUACUAGUACUGAGAAACUUGAUGCAGCACUUGCUGUUGGUAGAGUUGAAACUACUGAAACAGUUGCAUUUGAGUUUGCAUAG